UCGAGAAAAACGUUUCUGGUUUCGCGAUUGUUCGCUCAUUUGUCAAAAAAUUCCCAUAACCUAAAUCGUUCACCGUGAAUUCGUAAACAUGUAACCAUACUUUUUUUUUUUUUAUAAAUUAUUAAUUUAAAAUUCUGCAAGAAGAAAUGACCCUCCAACCACAACAAUUUCGAUAUUUUCGUCGUAACUAUUAACCAUUCUUCAUCACCAUGUUUUCCGAAUCUUGAAGUUUUUUAUUAAAAAUGGAAAAUUUCCCACCGAAUUUCGUUGAAGAUUUCCUUAAACUGCAUAAUAAAUAUCGAGCUAUUCACAAUUCCCCUCCGUUAAAAAUCGACGACGAGUUGAACGAGUUGGCACAAGAAUGGGCGGAGAGACUAGCGAGGAAGGGUAUUCUUCAGUACAAAUCGGACCCGAAAUACGGCGAAAACAUAUACAUAUCCCCGUGGAGGAAUUUGCCUUACGAUAUCAAACCGAAGGAUCCAUUGGAAUCUUGGUAUCGAGAGGGUGAUUAUUACAAAUACGGAGAUGACGAUGCAAAAGGUUUGAACGGUGUGUGCAACUUUACUCAACUAGUAUGGAAGAACACGCAAUUGAUAGGACUUGGGAUAUCCAUCGCUAUCAACGGGGCAUUUUACUUCGUUUGCUUUUAUUAUCCCUGUGGCAACAUCGUAGGCCAAUUCAAGGAAAACGUAUUACCACCGAUCAAGGAGGAGAAGGAAUUGACCCCGGAAGAAGCGGAGUUCAUCCAAAAGAUCAAGUCGAAGAUAAAUGUGGUACGAUCCAUGGAACGUCUCUACGCCGUGCCAUCGGAACAGCUGCGUGUUUGGUUGGUCUGGCUGUCGAAAGUAGGAGACAUGGCUGACGAAUGGCACAAAUGGUUACGUUCUCACAUCGACUUUGUUCUAAGACUGUCGUUAGAGCUGCGGGCGGCCGAGGAAGUUUUAAUAUUGGAGGAGGAAAAAGAAGAAGAAAAAAGAAGAGAAGAAGAAGAACGAGUGACGGAAGAUGUGGAGGAACCGGUAGUGACCGAAGUAGAAGAGAAAAAAGAAGACGAAGUGGUGGAAGAAGUAGAAGAAGGGAAGCCGUCGAUAGUGAUAACGGAAGAGGUAGAAGAGGAACAAAUUAUAAUAAAGGAAUGGCCUGUGGGCAUUCCGUGGGAACAUUUAGGGAUAGAGGAAGAGAAGGAGAAGCCAUUUGACGAGCGAUUGCCCAUACCCAAGAACGAGGCGGAGAUGAAGGAUUUCUUGAGGAAGUUCACGCACGAGGCGACCAUCCAUCGAUCCUCCUUUAAGCAUUGGAAGGAUACCGCGGAUCAGGCUGUCAAGGAAAUUGGAAACAGACUGGUCAUGGCUACGUUCCUGGUGCAAGGGAAAGAUCCGUCUGGAGAGGUAAAGAAACCGGUCCCUAAAAAAGUACCCAUCAAACCCAAAAAAAUAAAAUCAGUCCAAAAGAAGGCGAAGAAAAAGAAAGUUGUGUCGCCUGUGAGGAAAACGAACGGGGAACCGGAGGAAACGGAAGACUCAAAAAUGGAAUUGACCUCGAGUAAAAGGAAAUUGGAAAUUCGCAAAAUGCUCGAUAUUGACGCGGAUGAUUUAGUGAAAGACUCUGCACGUGUAAUGGAACCGUUGCCGUACUUCUUCUACCUGAAAGUGGAACCGGACAUCGACAUAGCUAUAGAGCACGAUGACGAGAAGGUGAUCCUGGCCGACACCGAGCGCGAGAACAUAACCGGUGAUUACCAGCGGCUCUACUUCAAUCUUUCGGACAAACCUUGCAAAGGAGGGAAACCGUGGAUAUUGUAACACGAGGAGAACACAUGUCACUAAAAAGCGUAUACAAAAGCAACAAUAAUAAAAUAAAUUCUUGCAGCUAAAC